ACAAAAUGACCGAUAUUAAUCGCACCAAACAGAGCUAUCUGUACAAACACAACGGAAAGAUCGAUCCGCAAUCAGCGCAAACCCCAUCGGUCCAGCACUCUACGGGCUCGAACACAAACGAACAUGGACGUGCGGUCGGCAAUGGCGCUGGCACCGACAUCAGCUCGGGCGGUUCGUUGAAACGCAACAAUAGUCAUCAUCAGCGAUUGAAAAAAUCCAACACAAGCACUCUGGACAGAAGCACUAAUGGGCCUGUGGAGUACGGAGCGGAUCGAACGGCGGGCAGCGGUAGCUUCGGCCAUCAUCAACAGCAACAACAUACCGGAACGACCUGUACGAGAUCCGGCGCCGGUUCCGGUCUAGCCAAGAGCUGGUCGAAAACAUCCAGCAGUAGCACCUCUCAAUCGGCGUCUCAUGGCCCAGCGGAACAAAUGCAGCACACUCUCGAUACAGGCAGCAGUGGUCGACCUCCGGGGACAAAUUUAGCACCCACCACCAAAACGGAAGCCUCGCUCAGUGACGAUUUUAAACGCUUCCACGCGCUCCGCAACAGCUACGGUGGCAAAUCCAAUUUAAAUGUAAAUAACACCGAUCACAUGAUAAAAUCGCAGGUCCUGCUUCACCAGCAGAAGCUGCGCGAGUACUCUCGACAACUUCCAACACAUCAACAGCAGCAACAGAACCGCGACAACGAUAGCUACUCAACCUGCUCUUCGUCCCAGUCGGACUACCAACACCCUCAGCAACCACAACAGCAGCAGCAGCAACAUCAGCAAAAUCAUCGCCACAAGCAUCACACUCACUAUCGUGUGCAUCAGCAUCAACACCAUCAGCAGCAGCAGGCUCAACCCCACAAUGUCCUGCCGACUCAGUCCAUCUAUCCCAUCUCUGCCACGGUAGCCGCAACGGCCACGUUGACGCGCGCCUGUGGUAGCGGUGGUGGAGGUUCGAUAUUGAAAAAUGCCACCAACAGCAGCCAUCAGGAUCCGGCCGGGAGUCGGAACAGCCUCAAACGAGGUCCGGGCGGAUUAAGCACCCUGUCACUGUGUAGCUGCGACGUGGAAACGGAGAUAAUACCGAAUCCAUUAAGGCCAUUAUAUCAGUACAGCCUGGACAGAAAAAAUCCUCGCCAGCACACCUACACGUGUGAGCAGAACGCACAGAUUCUGCUGAGGCUGGAAAAGGACCGCCAGAAGAAGUUCGGCUCCAUGGGAAAGUUGCAUCUGGCCACAUCAACCGGUGACUUGAGCCUAGCGCCCACCACAGCGACGAUGCUACGGCAUUCGAGCAUAACCGGUGCAUCCGUGCCGACGUCAUCCGUUUCAACUGCAGCCGGAAAAGUCACCGGAAACGCGUGCAAAGUAGCGGCCAACGUACUGUCGUUUGACUGUCAGCAUGGAUCGUAUCCGAGGAAUGAUAAUUAUGCCGAGGACGAUUCGUACAGUGAAGACUUGAUACCACCUCCACCGCCUCCACUCAAUCGACGUCCUUCCUACGGUUACGGCUGUGUGGUGCAACCUGUUGCAUCCGGACCGGAACCACCACACGCAGACCAGCAGUCAAUGUACGAACCAACGUCUAAGCCUUCCUCCAAUCCCGCCAACAUCGGAAGCUACGGACGUGAAGUCGACGGCCUGAUCGGAACCAUGAAUCAGCCGGAUCUGUUCAACUUUGCCUGCAACACAAACGGUUCGCUGAGUGGAACGCUAAAGUCAACACUGAAAUCCGCCAAAUCGUCGGCAAACGGCAAAACGACUUCCGGCUCAUUGGGCAUAACCGUCGACGGCAAAUCAAAACUGAACGACCCGCUUCCGGUCAUGAUGGUGGAUCUGAUGAACGGUAACACAACCGCACCGCUUCCGAAUGGGAAUGAUCCGGCCGGUACGACGAAGCCAUAUCCGCCUUACUACUUCGAUGAUAAUUAUCUUCAUCACCACUACUACUACCGGAAUGGUGAGGAUCGGUCCGGAGAGACUGGGUCGGACGUACCGCUGAAGGAAGCGAUGGAUGCAGGGCAGCUUUAUCUCUACCAUCAGCAUUACCACCACCAUCACCCAGAUUCGGUGCCUGGUGGAUACAUUCCUAACUACGAUGCACUGAAUCUCCCCGCCAAGUACAACACGAUCGGAGCAAACGGAGAUUUGCCACUGUCAGGGCACUUUUCGGGGUUGGGCGGCGGAGUAUUCGGGCACCAUGCCAGCUCCUGUAACAUCAAUCAGUACUCUGGGUCGGCAAAAAGCAACCUCAUCGCUUCACACAACCAUCCCUUCUCCAACUCGAUCAGCAACUUCAACUUCAAUCCCUCGCAGUACUUCGGUUCGGGGCUGGAACCUGCUCCCGGUACCACCAUCAUUCCUGGUGGAGUGAUGGGUGGCGUGAUGGGAGGUGGGGAUGGUUUUCCUUCCACCUGCAGCCUUAAUGGAACACCCAAUAAGCAGCAACCACACCCUUGGAAACAUCGCCAAUGUCCGAGUCGUGGCUCGAGUAGCACCGGUUCUGGAUCAUCGAAAUGGGAUCUUCCUUCGAGACAGUGGCUUGCGGUGACCUCCAUAUUGUUGAUUGCCGGAGCAGCCGGAGUGGCCGUCCCGCUCGCCCUAAAGGUUUCGUCCGGUGUGCCCCUCGAGGAACGGCUGCAGGUGGCUACGCAGCUGCUCGACACAGUGCCUUUAAUCGAUGGUCACGACGAUCUACCGUGGAACAUACGGAAAUUCCUACACAAUCAGCUGAACGAUUUUCGGUGA